AUUAGUUUCGAUAGGAAAAUUACUGUGUACAACAACACCGCGGUUAAUCUUUAGUACCGGAACCAUGGUUGCCAAGAUUGGUGCUCCCGCGCCAAAGUGGAAGGCCCAGGCUGUCGUAGGCGGUGAAAUUAAGGAGAUCAGCCUCGAUGACUACACGGGCAAGUAUGUGGUCUUCUUCUUCUAUCCACUGGACUUCACUUUCGUGUGCCCAACGGAGAUUGUCGCUUUCUCCGAUCGUGUUGACGAGUUUAAGGCCAUCAACUGCGAGGUGAUUGGCGCGAGCAUCGACAGCCAGUUCACCCAUCUGGCGUUCAGCAACACACCCCGAAACAAGGGUGGCCUUGGUGGCUGCAAGUAUCCGCUGGUGGCCGACCUUACCAAGAAGAUCGCGCAGGAUUACGGUGUGCUAAUCGAGGAUGGCCCCGACGCUGGCGUGACGCUGCGCGGCCUGUUCAUUAUCAGCCCGACCGGCAUCCUUCGCCAGAUCACCAUCAACGACCUGCCUGUGGGUCGCAGUGUGGACGAGACCCUGCGCCUUGUCAAGGCUUUCCAGUUCACGGACGAGCAUGGAGAGGUGUGCCCGGCCAACUGGAACCCCGGCGCCAAGACCAUGAAGGCCGAUCCAACUAAGUCGCUGGAGUACUUCAGCACCCUGUCGUAAAGCCGUACCACAGGGGGACAUACGUCAAAAAUCUUGGAGCAACAUUUACAAUAAUGAAAUGACAAAUAUAUGCAUCCCAGCUUGGCCUCCAAUGGCGGAUGCUGCAUUCCCGGCGGUUGCUGGCGGAGGGGUUGAUGAUUAAGAACACCACUGGGUGCAAAAGACUUGGUCGACGGUCUGUUGUGGGGUGCUUCACAGCCGCCCCUCUUAUUUUGGAGUUUGCUGAUUUCGUGGCCUCACGACUAGGCUGUGAUGAUGGUGGCUUGGUAGGGGCGCUGCUGUUUUCCGAGGUUGCGGUUGCGGUUGCAUCCUGCUUGGGGAGGCUGGGUGGUACUCCUAAGCUUAGCACGACUGGGAAGGUUCAGGCGGUUUCCUUGAGUAGACUUUGGGUGGUAGCCCAGUACCGUAUCCUAAGUAUCAUGCGCCGAUCCUGUAAAUGCCAGGGCGUACU